GUUGUAAGACUCCUUUUUCUUAUAUAAGCUGCAGCAUCUUUCAUUCUGCUUGUUUUCAGAAACAAACAUGAAGUCGUCUCGGUUGUCCAUACAGACGGCUGUGUUCAUCCUUGUUCUUUUCUCUCAGUGUGUGAGUGGGAAGGACUGUAUGUGUGAGCUGAACACACUGCAGCGUCCUUUUCCGAUGGAGAAAUUCAACUCGAUUCAGACUGCAGCUGGCCAGUGCACGAAGAGCAUCACUUCAACACAGUUCGACGAGGUGGGUGUACUGAUGGUGGGGGUGCAGGAGCGGCUGGAGCAUCUGGAGAAGAGCGUGUCUGUACUGGAAAAGGAGGACGAUGGUGAUCUGUACAGUGCAGUUUCAGUACGAAUCAUUGAGCUCGAGCUCGCAGAGAUCCUGGAGCUCAUGGGUAAAAUUAACAAAACUGUCAGAUCCCACACGCAGAUCAGUCAGAGCACCGCAACCAAGCUGCAAAGCAUGACAGAGGGCAUGCAGGAGCUCGAGGCCUUUGACCUUUCGCAUGUGGUGAGCAAACAGCGAGAAAAUCAGCGCAUUAAGCAAGAAUUGGCUGAGUGUCAGCAUGAACUUCAGGCUACUCUUCUGCCUCCCACUCCUCGCCCACGACACUGUCCACAAGGCCAGUUGGUCAAUGUGACCGGCCCUAGAACUUACUCCCUCACCUCAUACCGAACCUCGUACCCUUACGGCGCCUGGGGAAAAGACCCGAAACCUGCUCCAGGGAAGGAGGACACGUAUUGGCUUGUAGCUCUAACCACCAGCAACGUUUAUGCCAAUUAUGUUCGUCAUUACAGCAGUUUAAGCACUAUGCUGGUUGGUGUGGGUGCUGAGGACAGCACCAUUUCUUCCUCAAACCCCACCACAAACAGUAUCGAGGGCCCUAACGUAGUGCAGUAUGGAGGUGCGCUAUACUACAACUGCUUUAAUUCACCCUCUGUGUGUCGCUUCAACAUCUCUGACCACUCCAUCACCAAUACACCCCUUCCAGAAAACACAGGCUACAGUAACAAGUUUUCUUUUGGCCACUUGGACGCCACGUACCACCACACAGACCUGGAUUUCGCCACAGACGAGUCUGGUGUCUGGGUGGUCUACUCAACAAUAGAGAAUUUUGGCAAUGUGAUCCUUAGUGAAGUGAUAGAAGGAAGUCCUCCAUCUCUGGGCCGGACAUGGAAUACGUCGCUGCACAAGCGCAGUGCCACGAACACCUUCAUGGUAUGUGGAGUGCUUUACGCCACACGAUUCCUGGACAAAGAGACGGAGGAGAUUUUCUACUCUUUCGACACGGAGACAGAAGAGGAGCGCUACGAUCUGAAGAUCCGCAUACAGAAGAUGCAGACCAACAUCCAGUCUCUGAAUUAUAACCCACGAGACCGAAUGCUCUACGCCUACAGCGACGCCUACAUCGUCUCGUACAACACCGUCUUUCAGUAAACGCCCUCUUUACUCCUCUGAUUACUGAUUUUAUCAUAAUUCUGUGUGACAAUGACAGAUCUGCUGAUUUAUUUCAUAAAAAUUAAGAUCUGUGAAAUGU